UUUAGAGUUAGAGGCUUAUAGCUAAUAAUCUUGCUCUAAACUACACCUAACUGCUUAGGGGUUUUACUAACUAUUGUGGGAGUAUAUAAAUUUUCGAAUUUUCUCCAACGUCCUAUACCUUUGUUCUCUACGAUCAUGUCGUUGAGGACUUUCAUCAAACAUCUUCCGAGCAAUCCUCUACUGGUACGCUUCUCAUCCCUGCACUCUCUCUCCUCUCUUUCUCCACACCCACAUCAUCAAAAUCAUCAUCCUUCACAACCCCAACAAAAUCAGCAAGACCCAUAUGCUCUAAUGAAAGAAGACCCAAUUCAAAUUUGCUCAGAAAUCUGGGUAAAAUCCUUCUCUACUCCAAAAUCAAAGCCUUUCUCUAAUCUUACAGGCUUUCUUUCCAAAUUUGAUAUCUGGGUUUUAGCAUACCAGCGUUCUGUUGCGCAUUUCACUGGCUCAUUUCCUACCUCAAGCGCCAUUCACUCACAGACAUUGCAUCAUCUUCUAUCGCUUCGUAAUGCUGUUGUUAAAGGUCAGUUUCAAUGGAAUAUGAAAACUGAGUUGUAUAUUCGUAGUCCAAUUGAAAAACCCAUUACUGAAUUUACCUCUAAAACAACUUUGAAGAAGCUGUUGGGUUCUAGUAACCCACCGUUUCAAGACCGUGUUGUUCAGGAGGCUUUGUUGUUGAUUCUUGAACCUGUAUUUGAGUCUAGAUUUUCGUCGAAAUCACACGGUUUUCGCCUCGGGCGUACUGCUCAUACUGUAAUUAGGACUAUUAGGAGUAAUUUUGCUGGGUAUCUUUGGUAUUUGAGAGGUGAUUUGAGUGAGGUUUUGGAGAAUGUUGAUAAGGGUUUAGUUAUGCAUUGUGUGGAGGAAGUUGUGAAGGAUAAAAGAGUGUUAGGUUUGAUUAGUUCUUCCUUUAGAGGGACUUCGAAACGUUGUUUCGAGGUUGAUGAUGGCCGGAAGUGGAAGAGAGGGGCGGGGAAGAGGAAAAAAAAGAGUGAUGAAAAACGUAGGAAGGUUUUGAAUCCAAAUGAGCCAAAACCGGAUCCUUAUUGGCUUAGAACAUUCUAUAAUUUUGCACCAGAGGAGGCAGCUAAGGUGCCGAAUUAUGGCCAUUGUGGAAUUCUUAGUCCUUUUCUUGCUAAUGUUUGUUUAAAUAUACUUGAUCAUAUGAUGGAGGAGAAAAUAGUUGAGUUUUUUAGGCUGUCUAUGCUUGACUCGAUUUGGAAGGAUUCAAAGACUGAUAGUUGUCAUAACCCUGCUUGGCCUGAGUUUGUUCCAUCUGGUGGGAAGGAAAAAACAAGAAAAAUGGAUUAUAUACGAUAUGGUGGUCAUUUUUUGAUAGGCAUUCGAGGAUCCCGGGAGGAUGCUGCGAAGAUAAGGGAAGAGUUGAUUGACUUCUGCAGUAGCAAACUAGGGAUAAAGUUGGACUACUCAAAGGUGGAGAUUGAGCAUGUAAGUAGGGGAAUUUUGUUUCUUGACCAUGUCAUUUGCCAUCGUGUAGUAUACCCAACAUUGCAUUACACAGGUACAGGUGGUAAAACUGUUAGUAAAAAGUGUGUAGGAACAUUGCUUUCGGUUACUGCUAGCUUGCCACAAUGUAUUCGCCGAUUCAGGCGCCUUGAACUGUUAAAGGGUGAGGAGGAUCCAGAGCCAUUGCCCUGUACUCCGAUGCUUUAUUCCAGCCAAGCUCAUACAAAUUCUCAGAUGAAUAAGUUCCUUGAAACUAUGGCUGAUUGGUAUAGAUAUGCUGACAACCGUAAAAAAGUUGUUGGCUUUUGUGCUUAUGUGAUCCGCAGCUCUUUAGCCAAGCUAUAUGCUGCCAGGUAUAAGCUCAAAUCUCGUGCCAAGGUAUACAAGAUAGCUUCCCGAAGCCUCAGUCAUCCUUUAAGAGGCAAAGGAAACAAUGUGGCAUCUGAGUACUCAGAUCUUCUGAAGUUGGGUCUUGUUGAUGCCAUUGAAGGUGUGCAGUUUUCUCACAUGUCUUUGAUCCCCAGCUGUGAUUAUACUCCAUUCCCUCGUGUUUGGGUGCCUGAUCAUGAACAAAUGUUGCUUGAAUACAUCAAAUUACAAGAUCCUAAAUUCUUUUCUGAACUACUUAAGUCAAUCAAGACUCAAGGUCUAAGUCUACCCCAAAAUGAGAUAUCUGAAAUUGUUUGGGACUUAAAGACUCUUGGUGCACGUUGGUUUGACAUCGCAUCAGAAAAGCACCCUUAAGGAUAAAAAUGGUCUAUUGGCAAUAUGGAAUCAAUUUGUGUGUUCCCUUUAUGUUUGUACUGCCACACUUGUAAACUAAAAGUAUGUGCAUAUUAGUAUAAUUAUAGAAGAGGAGGCUGCAAAUAUGAAGAUUGCUGUAACAGUUUUGGGUUACGAUUGAGUGAAGCUAUACACCUGUUCUUAAUAACACGGCAUGUGUUGUCAAUAUAGUUAUUUUCACCAAUCAAACAGCUAUGAGAACGUGGAUUUCUGAGAGAUAUUAAUGUUAGAGCUGGUGAAGGAUGCUUAGUGUUCCACUGUUGGGACUAAGACCUAAUUCAAUACUCCGUGUUACUCUAUCAGAUUCAGUGCAGCAGCUCCUAUCUGGAUUUUAUGGUAAAUAUACUUGAUUUUUACUAUCUUAGCUUAUAAUGCCUCUCUUGUGUCACAUGGUCUUUUUUUUACUUUCACGACCUGUCAAAAUUCACUAUCUCGCACUGAGCAAGGCUCACCUGUCUAUUGAAAGGAAUGAGAUAGUCUCUUUAGAGGAGAAGGGGUUUGGGAAUUCCCUUGAACUAGGUUCCAUUAAUUAUUAUGUGAAUAGCGGUGGAUAUGGACUCCAAUGGACUAAUGAUUAAGACUCAAUUGCAAUAAUGUAAGGCUCUUAUUCAAAUUUAAAAAGUAUACACGCCAGACAUUUCUCCUAUCUUAAUGUCAGGUUUUGAAAUGAAUUUAGUUUUCAAUUAAGAAUUAUUUCAAAGAAGAAUUAGGUUGAAGGGAAGCUUCUUUAGUGGUAUUUGAUUGGGUAUUAUAGAAUGGAAUUGACUGAGUUUAGGGGUGAGCUUGAUACUAUAUCAAAUUCAUCCCUCAAUUUCUUCAAUUUAUUGCUAGAUUUAUUAUGCACUUUUUUACUUUUGUAGUAUGUAGAUUUUUUUUUUUAUCUUUUUUUUUUUAUUUUUUUUAUAAUAUAAUUUUGUAAUUCGUUUGAUUCCUUUUUAUCAAGUCAACCACUCCCUUAUUUCUAUAUCAAGUUCUUAUCCUUGCCACCUUGUAACUUUUCUUGAUGCCCUUUAGAGUUUGGAGUGUCUAGUAUUAGAGGGUGGAGGGCUUUUUAUAUAUCCUUCAAUUUAUAUUUUAGAAGAAUACCAUUAUUGUAGGGAAUUAGAGGCAAAUCUCAUUUGCUACAUUUUUUUUGGGUGAAAGAAUGCAGGAUUUAAUAACAUAGACUAAAAAAAAAAAUGUUUCUCAAAUGCUCCGAAUGAAAAAAUUCUUAGCAUUUGAGUAAAAUGCUCCACUUUUCCUAUGGCCGCAACAUUUGAAUUAACUGAAAUAGAAAAUUUGCUUCCCUCUCUUUAUCAGGAAAACCCUAGUUACCGCUUCCUGCUCUCUCAAACUCGAUCCCUUCUUCCCUGAGCUACCUUUUCCUAAUCAAGAGAUGAGGGAUGUUAACUCUGUCUUUCCAAACUUCAUUUCUAUGUUAGUUUGCGUAGAGGCUAUAGUAGUGUCUCACGACUGCAAUCACACUACACAGAAAGUGCGAGCUCAAAGCUGUAUGGCCGUGACAGAAGUCGCAAACACUGGAAGUGUUGUUCUUCGUAAUCUAACUAUCUACAUCAACAAUCUCAAUGAAAGAAUCAAACUCACUGAGUUGAAAAAUUUGCUAUAUGAAGAGUUUUCUCAAUUUGGGAAGAUAAUCGAGGUGAUGCAUUGCAAUGCUUGGGAUGGUGGUGGCUACGAUUAUGAUGAGGAGGGGUAGUCACUUGGAUUACUAGCUUCCCUUUAAGCCAAUGAGGACAUUGUAUGAUUUAACAUAAGGGUAUUUUUUGUAUAUAUAUG